CAGCCAAUCAGCGGCCUCCGUGCGGCAGGGCCUCUCUGUGCGCGGCAUGGCGGCGGCCACCUGGCAGUACCGCGGGGACGCGGAGGCGCAGCCGGCGGCGCUGGUGCGGUUCUCCAACGGCAGGUUGCAGCAGUCCGACUCCCUGCAGUUCACCGUCUACCGAAACAAGGACAAAGUCCACCCGCGGAAGAAGCACCGGAGAAUCCUGGUCUCAGAAACAGAGAGGCUUUCCUACGUGGGAAACAACUUCAGCAGCGGGGUACGGAAGUCCAACUCCCUCUGCAGGUAUUUUGUGGGUGUGUUGGACAAGGAUUCUGGGCAAAUGGAAGUCUACAAUGCUGAGAUAUUCAACAUGCAGCCUUUGCUGUCAGAUAACAUUGUAACUGAUGACACGAGGGAUUAUCAGACCAAGUCCUACAGGGAGAAGAUGGAUCUGUGUAUCGAGGCCUUUGGCACCAGCAAGCAGAAGCGAGCUCUGAACGUGCGGCGGAUGAAUGCGGUGGGCAGCGACAUCGUCAGCACAGCUGUCAGCAAGGCAGCAGCCAACGUCAUCGAUUCCAAGGGAGUCACAGCUUUGAUCCAGGAUGUGGCCCAAGAUGACACACAGAAGAUCUCCAGCUUCCUUCCACCCUGCAAUGAAGAUGCAGAAACUCCAGAACUCGUGUACAAGUUUGAGGACAUUCUGUCCCCAGCAGAGUACGAGGCCUUGCAGGUGCCAGCAACAGCCUUUGUUAACAUCACUGCAGAGGAAAUUGCCAAGAAAACAGAAGAUAAAAGCCACUGCUCCUUUGUUUUAGAGCAGCUGAAGCUGCUGCCUGCCGAGGGGAAGAGCAGAGACCACAAGGCACGAUGCCUCUGGUUCCUGGACACCCUCGUGAAGUUCAGCUGCCUGAAAGGGAUCAGGAAGAAGCAUCCACUGGGUCCUCAGUGCCCACAGAUGAUCAGUAAGAAACUGAUGAAGAACUUCACUUCACUGACUUACAACGAGGGCAGUGUCCAGAAUUUGAUCUCUACGUCAAUGAAGGCCAAGAUCUCAGCCUAUGUCAUUGCUUUGGCUCUGCACAUCAACAGCUUCCAAAUAGACCUCACGGUCCUGCAGAAUGACUUGAAGCUGCCUGAAAGCAGGAUGCUGGACAUUGCCAAGGCCAUGCAGCUGAGGAUCUCCAAGGCCAAGGGGCUGCCAGGACUUGAGGACGAACAGAAACACAAGCUGGCCACCCUUUCCCUGCCCUUGCCUGUGCAGAAGGUGUCAGAGGGGCGACGGAAGCGCAAGAGGAUCAUCUGAGGUGCCUAGCAGGCCCAAGCAGGGUGACACGGUGCUGUCCCGCUGCUGUGCUGCACACAGAGCUGCAUGGGGACACCUGCUGGGAUUGGCUGCACAUCUUCAGCACCUUGAGGCCCUGUCUGCAGGCUGGGCUGGGCCAGGACCUCAUUAAAUUUCCUGAUUUUGA